UCGGAUUGAAAACAGAUCAGUAGUCCUGAUGAUCGCAGCCCGGCUGCGUGUCUGCACAAGAACACAAGAAGUCUUUUUAAAGUAACUUUUCCCUUCAUACUUUUCACUGAUCUUUCACGACUGGCUGCAGAAAAACGCGCCAAGCGAGCGAGCAAAGAGCGCGGCGUUUUAGUUUUUGGAGACGAUGGACGCGAAGGAAGAUCUGUACACCACAUUUUCUGCUCUGCUUUAAGGAUUGCAGCAAACUUCGUCGUUUAAACUUUCCCUUAACUUCGUACAUGGAGAUAUUGGCGUCCGGUGGCGGUGAGACACUGGUUUGAUUCCGGUACCGAGCCACUCCUGAAGGAACCGUGCGGACAAAAGUUAAGCGAGAAAAGCGAAGUGGGACAUCUUGAUUGUGGAAAAAGAUUGUUGAAGAUACAAUGAGCAGCAUGGAGACUUCAACUGCGACUGCAACAGAGAAGAAGGAGUGCAAGGGUCCUGGUUUGGAUGGAAGCAGCUUCUCAGAACACCCGAAGAAGCCUUCACCCACAUCCAGAGGUGUCCAUCAUAUCUUCCCUACAUUCCACACGCCCAUCCCAAUCGACAUGAGGCACCACGAAGGGCGGUACCAUUACGAGCCCCACCCUCUCCACACCAUGCACGGAGCUGCAGGACUUACAGGAAGUCCAGUGAUCUCAGACAUCUCCCUGAUCCGUCUAUCGCCCCAUGCAACGGCUGGGCCAGGGGAUUCACCGUUCAGCCCUCCGCAUCCCUAUGUCAGUCCCCACAUGGAGCACUACCUGCGCUCCGUGCACAGCAGCCCCACCCUCUCCAUGAUCUCUGCAGCACGAGGACUGAGCCCGGCCGAAGUCACCCAUGAACACUUAAAAGAUCGAUCCCUGUUCAGUCUCCCUCCACUGCCACCAGGGGCUAACCCUACAGAGUAUUACCAUCUGAUGGCCACCGCCAGCCAGCGCAGUCCGUAUGGCGACCUCUUGAUGCAGAGCAGUGCGGCGGCGGCGGCGGCUGCUCACCUACCAGAUUACAUCAGUCCCGUGGAUGUUUCACGUUUUUCCAGCCCAAGGCUGACACCCCGACUGAGCAGAAAGAGGGCACUGUCCAUUUCCCCUCUGUCAGAUGCCAGCAUUGACCUGCAGACCAUGAUCCGCACCUCGCCCAACUCCCUGGUCGCUUACAUCAACAACUCCCGCUCCAGCUCGGCCGCUAGCAGUUCUUAUGGCCAUUUGUCUGUUGGAGGGAUCAGCCCCUCAUUUAGCUUCCCUCAUCCCAUCAACCCGAUGGCGUAUCAGCAGUUGUUGUCCCAGCAGAGGAGUCUCAACACCUUUGGCCACACUCCUCCUCUCAUUCAGCCGCCACCUUCCUCUUUCUCUGCACGCCAACAUCCCCUAGCCACGCCCCCUAUGACCAAUGCCCACAACAGCACCAACACAGAAGCUAACCAGAACGCCAACGGCGACCCGGCAGUGAGCAGCACAGUCAACCAACUCAACUCCAAGAGGACAAAAGUCAAGCUGGAAGUAGAAGGCCCACUGCCUAUCUCGGCAGCCUCCCAGAACCAGAGUGGAGGGAUGUUGGACUUGAACGAAGAUCUGGACAAGGACGAGUGCAAACAGGAGCCAGAGGCCGUGUACGAGACCAACUGCCAUUGGGAGGGUUGUUCCAAGGAGUUUGACACCCAGGACCAACUUGUCCAUCACAUCAACAACGAUCAUAUCCACGGUGAGAAGAAGGAGUUUGUGUGUCGCUGGGACAAGUGUUCGCGGGAGCAGAAGCCCUUCAAGGCCCAAUACAUGCUGGUGGUCCACAUGAGGAGGCACACGGGCGAGAAACCACAUAAAUGCACAUUUGAGGGCUGUUUAAAGGCGUACUCUCGUCUUGAGAAUCUCAAGACCCACCUCAGGUCCCACACAGGCGAGAAGCCCUAUGUGUGCGAACACGAAGGCUGCAACAAGGCCUUUUCCAACGCUUCAGACCGGGCCAAGCACCAGAACCGCACACAUUCCAAUGAGAAACCAUAUGUAUGUAAAAUCCCGGGUUGCACCAAGCGCUACACAGACCCCAGUUCUCUCAGGAAACAUGUCAAAACUGUUCAUGGACCUGAAGCUCACGUCACCAAGAAGCAGCGGAGCGACGUUUCUCCGAGACGUCCGCCGCCCAAAGACGACGCAGAGACUGACUUACACUCUAAGAACGGCGCAGGAAGUGUGGACGAGAAGACCGAUGCCAAAGGCACCUCUCGAGGCGUGGAAGACUGCCUAAAAGUCAAAUCAAUCAAGACUGAGAAUUCGAUAAUGUAUCAGUCCAGUCCUGGUGGUCACUCGUCAUGUAGCAGUCAGCCGUCACCUCUCAGCAGCACCAACAACAACGACAGUGGGGUAGAGAUGGCCAUGCACAGUGGGGGCAGCUUCGGAGACCUCAGUGUGCAGGACGAGUGCCCCAUGGUCGACUCCACCGUUAAUGGCGGGGGCCAGCAGGCUGGGUUGGGGCUCCAGUUCAGGAAAACAGUGGGUCACAGCGGCGGAGUUAGCAUCAAAAUGGAGACGAUUAAGAAAGAAAGGCUGAAGACAGUGAGAGACCCCUGUCCCUGGGUCAACUCAGCCCCGCAAUUACCACAGGGCCACUACAACAGCACAAAGCUGCCCCCAAUACCUGCAGUUGGUUCUUUGAGGGAGCACUCCAACUUGAGUCAUCUGAGCAAGUCGCACCCCAGCCAACGCUUGGGAGAUCAGUCUUUGUGUGAAGUGACUAUGCUAAAUCAGCUGAAUGAUCGUCGUAACAGCACAACCAGCACCCUCAGCUCAGCUUACACCAUGAGUCGGCGCUCCUCUGGCAUCUCGCCUUGCUACUCAAGCCGGCGCUCCAGCGAGGCGUCACAGUUUGGGGCUAACCGUCAUAACAAUAUCAGUUCAGCUGACUCCUAUGACCCAAUCUCAACCGAUUUGUCCCGCCGCUCCAGUGAGGCUAGCCAUUGUGGAGGUGGUGGUGCUGGUGGAGCCGGAGGUGGAAAUCUCCCCAGCCUUCUCAGUCUGACCCCAGCUGAGCAUUAUCGGCUCAAGGCAAAAUAUGCGGCUGCCAUUGGUGGAGCACCACCUACGCCUCUACCUAACAUGGAUGGAAUGAGCCUUAGGACCCGCAUGGCCCUCUAUGGCGACUCUCAGGAAUACCCGUUGCACCAGUACCACCAGCCUCCCUCUGGAAGUGUGCCCCGGCGAUGCAGUGAUAUUGGAUAUGGCAACCACAGCAUGAUGCCCCAUGAGGUGCCUGCAAACUUGCCACGCCGAGCCAGUGACCCAGUGAGUCGUUCCACCGUUGACCAUCCGACCCUUCCGGGAGUCCAACGAUAUAACAGUAUGAACAGUAUGAACAGUCCCUCAGAACGUCACCAAUCAUUGGCUAUGCAGGGUUACACUCGCUCUGACGGCAACCUGCAGCGCUACCCAUUCAUGCCCAGACCCCCAAGCAUUUCAGAAAAUGUAGUUAUGGAAAACAUAACAGUAGACGGGAUGGCAACCGUAGGUGAACAGGGUGUAGAGGAUGAUAUAGUUCUUCCAGAUGACAUGGUGCAAUACCUGAGGUCCCAAAACCCUGCAACACAAGGUCACAACUUGGGGCAAGGAAACUACAGAUUCAAUAACCAGUCUCAAGGUUACCAGACAGGAAUUGCACCACCAGCGUCAGCUUUUUCACAGAAAAGGGUGGCCAUGACGCAGUCUGCUCAGGAUAUGGAUCAUAGUGGCUCCCAACAGCCAUUCUCAGCAUCAUCACACGUGAAUAAGAAUAAUAUGCCAGUGCAGUGGAAUGAAGUGAGUUCAGGGACUGUGGACACGGUAACCAGGCUCGCUAAACAACAGCAACAUCUCAGGGGAAACCUAGCCCUUGUUCCACAGAGACACAAUUUUAGUUCCUUCCAGGCACAGGGUCAGAACAUCAACAGCAACCAGCAGGUUGUGCCUAUGAGCCAGAAUAUGUAUAUGCAGGGCUAUGCAAACCACAACAGCAAGAGGUUGAGUAAUCCUCACCAGUGCAAUAAUUCGAGUUUAGGUGAUGAAAGUUCCCUGCAAGGUUUCUGCCAAGAUUCACUUUCUGUGAGCAAUAAUGUGAGAGCCACUCGAAAUGCUGUAGUGGCUCAAGAACUGCAAAGUUACAGAGGAAGAACCCAACCUGUUGCCUAUUCUAAUGUGAACCAUGUGGCUCAGCAGCACAGCAUUGUGUCCCAACAGAACAAUAGAGGAAUGUUACAACCAAGACCUCCAGUGGACCCCAAACAUAGUGGAAGACAGCACAGUGGGUGUGGCGUGAAUCACUUGAACCGAAUACCCAAGUUCUUUGAUGUGAGCCCCAACCUUCAUAAUAACACCUCAGAGGCGAGUCCAAAGAGGUGCAGUGGCCCAGGAACCCAACAAAACUCCAACUUUGCCAUGUUCCACGCAAGACAGAUUCAUAUGUUUGAGCAACCUCCUGCCAGCUUGGACGCUACAAUGUCCCCCAGUGUCAACCAGGCUCCUGCCAAUAACAAUACAGCAGCGAGCAACAUGGCCUCGCCAGGCGUCAAUCAGGUCUCCAGUAGUACAGCAGAUUCUUCCACAAGUGGAGUUGCUGGCGCGGAACACACCCAAAUAGAUUUCGACUCCAUGUUAGAUGACGGAGAUCACUCCAGCCUGAUGUCGGGCACUUUGAGUCCCGGCCUUCUGCAGAACCUCUCCCAGAAUUCCUCUCGUCUCACCACCCCACGCAACUCUGUUACCCUCGCAUCGGUACCGGCAGGGAUUGGCAACAUGGCCAUCGGUGAUAUGAGCUCUAUGCUCACAGCGCUAGCUGAAGAGAGUAAGUUCCUCAACAUGAUGAGUUAGAACCAUCAACAAUGUAUACGUCAGAAACAUGUGGACAAAAAAAGCACUGAUUAGACAACAACAAAGCGGCCAUUUUGUUUUGUUACGUUAUCAUGGUCCAUAUCAACACAAUUCUGAUUUAUUUUGUGAUAUUUGUACAUCCAAUCUUUGUAGAGGAUACAUUAACAGUAGAUAGCAGUAAAUACUGAUGCCCUGCAGAGUUAAAGUCCACCUUCUUCCAAUUACUGUAGCACCUCAAGUUUUGUUUCGAACAAAAAAAAUUUUCGAUUCAGAAAAUUAACCUUUCCCAGACAUCCAAAGAAUGUAAACACAUCAAAGUUUUACAAAGUUUAAUUCAGCGUUUCCUCACUUGCGGUUCACUUAGUACAGUCUUUGCAGUUCAUCUCUUCCUCAAGCAACAUCUGUAAAUGUUAAAUACACAAAAUAAUGUAGGUUUACUUCAUACUUGCCACCCUUGAGACCUCCGAUUUUGGGAGGUGGGGGGUGGUGGGCGUGGUUUGGAGUGGGGCGGAGGCGUGGUUGGGGCG